UCACUGUCCAUUGAAAAAGUUUGACAAGCUACUCGCGAAUCAGCUGUUUUACAGUAUUGGAAUUCAUCUGUAAAUAAUUCUUAUACAAAGUAGUAAAUAAAUAUAUGCAUAUUAGUUUUGAAAAGUAUAGAAUAAUCAUUUAGGAGCAUGAAUGACAUAAAACGUUUAAAGGAUCAACAACGUGACAAACAUCCUGGUUUCGACUCAUACUUAAAUUGCAUGACAAGAGCACUUUUCUCAGGUCUAGCUUCGUUUUGUCUGACAUUUUCCGGUUGUUAUUUUACGCAAAAACUUAUACGUACAAAAAUUAACUACCCUAUUCAAUACAGCGUGCUAGUGUCGGCUUUAGUGGCAACUAGCGUAUCCUAUACGACUACUACAACGCGCACUAAAGCUUGCCAAGCAGCUUGGAUGGCAGCCGAAGAUAUGCAUUCUGUGUUAAAAGAAGACAAUUAUUAAAUUAGUAUAAGUGAAAUUAAAAAAACGAAAAAGUAUAUAUUAAUUAAUUAUAACACAUACACAUUUUAUUAAUUGUAUAUACAUACAUAUAUUGUUUUAACAAUGUGGCUUAAAACUUUUGCAACAGUUAGGAAUAGCAGAUCAUUUACACUUUUCAGAACUUCUCCAAUAAGGUUCAUUGAAAAAAAAAGUUUAUUACGUGACUUUAGAGAUCAUGAUGUAUCAAUUCGAUUAAAAUAUGUGCAACACAAAGGUGUUAAAGGUAUUCGCAGCAGAAAAGGUGCUUUCGAGUCGAUUUCAAAAGAUGAAAACGAUGAACAAACUUUCAUGACGAAAGAUUUUAAAAAAGAAGUGAAUCAUGAUGAAUUUGUCAACUUGGACGAUCGGGCAUAUGAAGAAUUGGUCAGCAACGUGAUGAACAUUUCCCCCACAUUUUUAACUCAGAAUGUAUUCAUUAUACAACCAUACGUCAAAUGGGGAAGUGAGCGAAACACCUUAAGUACUCCCGAUGAUCAGUUGGAAGAGGCGAAGGCAUUGAUUUCUUCUUUGCCCAACUGGCACGUUGGUCAUGCAAUUAAGAUACCUCUCGAAACUUUAAAUCGCAAGGCGCUCUUUGGCAGCGGAAAAAUCGAAGAACUUAAAAAGCUUAUUCAAGAACACAAGACUAAAGAGACCUUAACGUGCUUAUUUAUAAGCAAAAGCACAUUAUCAUUUGCUCAAAAAUGUUUUUUGGAAGACACAUUCAAACUACCGGUGUUCGAUCGAUACACGGUUGUCAUACAAAUUUUGCGUUUGCAUGCGACUAGUGCAGAAGCACGUCUUCAAGUUGCCAUGGCUGAGAUUCCAUAUCUUUGGGCACAAACGAAAGACGCAAAUCCAUCGCAAGCUCGUAAGCAGGGCUAUUUGUUUACUGAUGUUCAACGGGGCAUUUUAAAAACCCGUGAACGUAAGUUAAAACAGGAAUUAGAACGGAUAAGAGAUCACAGGAGACUACUACGUAAUAAGCGCAAACAAAAAAACUACCCUGUGAUUGCUGUGGUUGGAUACACAAAUGCCGGUAAAACUUCACUAAUUAAGGCCCUCACGCAUGAGCAGAGCAUGCAACCACGUAAUCAGCUAUUUGCUACACUUGACGUGACAGCACAUGGAGGCUUUUUGCCGUGUAAUCUCGAAGUUAUCUAUAUCGAUACAGUGGGUUUCAUGUCCGAUCUUCCCACUGGUUUAAUUGAGUGCUUUGUGGCGACGCUAGAAGAUGCCAUGCUGGCUGAUAUUAUUUUACACGUUCAAGAUGAAUCACAUAUAUGUAAAGAAGCGCAGCGGCAACAUGUGGUAGCUACAUUACUAUCACUUAAAAACUCCAUUGCUGUAAAUCAAGAAAUACCUCCUAUUAUAAACGUAGCCAACAAAAUCGAUUUGACGUCCUCACAAGGGCAUCGAAAGGUGUCCAAAGAUAUGUUUUAUGUAUCAGCAACUGAACGCACAGGACUCAAGGAGUUGUCAUUGGAAAUUGAACGACAAAUACUUACUGUGACGGGGCGGCGCAAAAUAACAAUGCGUGUGCAGAAUGGUGGACCAGAGGUUGCAUGGUUGUACAAGAACACCGCUGUAAAAAAUGUAAAGGCUGAUAAUUCCAGCGCCGAACACUUGCUAAUAACGGUGAUUAUAGACGAAUUGACAAUGCAGCAAUUUAAAAAGAAGUUUUUAUCAACAAAUUAUGCAUAGCCGUAACACAAGAAUGAGAACAAUAAAUUGAUUGUGAUAAACAAAUA